GGUAUUAGUAUAGCGUCUGAAGUCUCGUAUUUGAUCGAGGAAAUCUUCUCGGUGUCCAAAGGAGAAUAUUUUGGACACAAUGACCCCCACAGGACUAACACUGAAUACUCAUCUUCAACCCAAUGCCAUGAAUUCUUGUACAAUGCAAAAAAAGCCAGGUGUUUUUAGGUUUCAGGCACAGCACCUGUACUUGUCAAGAUAUAGAUGCCGCUUGAAUGCAAUGAGAACGAGUAUAUCAUCUCAGUUUGCUGAAGUUUUACAUCCUCAAGAGGACCACAACACUCAUCCUUUAGUUAAGAUGUGUGGAAUUACAUCAGCUAGAGAUGCUGCAAUGGCUGCGGAAGCUGGUGCUCGUUUGAUUGGGAUGAUUCUUUGGCCCAACUCAAAACGUUCUGUCUCACUUUCGGUUGCAAGAGAAAUAUCGAAAGUAGCUAGAGAUUAUGGAGCGGAACCCGUCGGGGUAUUUGUAGAUGAUGAUGCAGCUACAAUAUUAAGAGCUUCUGAUGCAUCCGACAUUGAGCUUGUGCAGCUUCACGGAGAUGGUUCUCGAGCUGCUUAUCAAGUUCUACUGCAACAACAUCGUAUAAUCUAUGUCCUUCAUGCCAAUGAAUAUGGUGCUCUUCUAAAUCAAAUUUCUGAUGAAGAAUGUUCCUGGGCUGAUUGGAUUCUUGUGGAUAGCGCAAAGGGUGGAAGUGGUCAAGGAUUCAACUGGGCAAAGUUUAAGUUACCAUCUAUCAAAAGCAAACAUGGAUGGCUUUUAGCAGGAGGGAUCAACCCUGAUAAUGUUCAUGAAGCUCUUUCUACUCUUAGACCUGAUGGUAUUGAUGUGAGCAGUGGUAUCUGUGCUUCUGAUGGUGUUCAGAAGGACUUGUCUCGAAUAUCUUCUUUCAUGACUGCAGUGAAUUCUGUGCAUUAUUGAUCAUAAAACAAACAAACAAAACAAUUAGCCUUAUCCCAAUUAGAUAGGGU